AUGAGAGAUACCCGAGAACCAUGCCCUCCACGCGCAGAACCCCCGGAUAGACGGGAAUCUGUUGAACUGCGGGAACUGCAGACUCGCGAAGACGAGGAGCAACUGGGGUACUCGUCGCCCUCUGCCUCGUCGGGGGAGGAGUACCGAGUCACUACGCGAAGGACAUCGGUAGCGCGUUCGACGACGAGCGUGCGAAGCACACGCAAAGGAAAAGGCGUAUUGCGCUCGAGCAGGAUUGCUCGAUUCUGGACGCGGCAUGUUGCCCUGACGGUGCCGCAGCGAAGUAACCGCGAUCAUUUUGCGCUGGAAAGAACCCUCCUCGCCUACAUCCGCACUUCAGUAGUAAUCGCCAUGCAAGGCGUCCUAAUCUCCCAACUCUUCCGCCUCCAACAACCCGGCGAUCGCCUCAAAUUUUACAUAGCGGGCAAACCGCUCGCGGUGACGUGUCACUGCGUCGCUAUCCUGGUUGCGCUCAUCGGCGCGUAUCGAUUUUGGCGACAGCAGGGUGCGAUUUCGGUGGGCAAGGUUCAUGCUGGAGGGUGGGAGUUGAAUGCUGUGGGGCUCUUGUUUGGUGCGAUAUUUCUAGUUACGUUGAUUCUGUCGAUUGCGAUUCUCGUCGAGGCGGAUUUGAAUACGUCUGGAAUGGCGCAAGUUGCUCGCAGGAUACAGUCUUCUCUAGUAAGAGGGAGCUGGAUUUGA